GCCGUCAGUGAGUGUUGUGUCUCGGUCUGCUCCACCGUCUUGUCCGGCUAACAUUAGCUGACUGACCUGCUUGGCUCAGAGGCAGCAGGACGGAUUUCACGGAUAACAAUGUUUUAUUCUUAGUCCUAAAAACGUGAAAAAAAAACGAAACGCCGGAUGGUUAGCAGAAAGACGUAACUGGACCGGGAACCGUCAAUGCAACGAAAGAGGAUCCAUGGCAAAGUGGCUGAAGGACUACCUAAACUUUGGCUCCAGGCGUGACCCUCCGCAGGUCCCAAGGCCAGAUUACAGUGAGAGUGACAUUUUGAGGGCCUACAGAGCUCAGAAGGAGCUAGAUUUUGAGGACCCGUAUCAACACUGUGAUAAGGAGCGUCAGAAUGGUGGUUUCAGCCCCUGUAAGGCCACAGUGAGCCUUCCCUCUUUCCCUGCAUUCGACUCAGUGCUGCCUAGCGGUCUGGAGGUAUGGCAUGUGAAAGUGGUAUCUCCCAAGCACAGACUUAUUAAAGUGGACUCUCAGGAGUUUGGCUGCAGUAAAGUCCCCCUCAGUCCUGUGACUAUACAGGAGGAACCUGUGGUUCCCUCUGCCCCAGCAGCGUCGGACGUUGAAACCGACUACUCUGAUCCAUUUGAUGUCCGUCCAGACCCAAGAGGCAGACCAAACUGGGAGCCAAAAUCUGCACCAACCGACUGCUGCAGUUAUAUGGAGCCAUUUGAGGCCCAGAGGAUUAUCUCAGAGCUGCAGCACAGCAUGAUGACUAACAGGUCUGGGAGUGGAGAUGGGGGCCAAAUCUACGAUAACCCGUACGAGGAGAGGACUCGCCACCAGCACCGAGCCAAUCCAGCCACACAGCAGCUGACUCAGCGCGUUGAGGGCGGUCUCCCCCCGAUAGACGGCAGGGAGAGCAGGCUGCCUCAGGAUGAUGAGAGGCCGGCGGACGAGUACGACCAGCCCUGGGAGUGGAAGAAGGACAACAUCUCAAAAGCUCUAGCAGUUCAGUUUGAAGGGGCAGAAAGGGAGCGCUCGCGGGCUCAGACAGAUCAGACCAGGCUCACCAAGACGGGCACUUGUUCUACAGCGUCUGAGUCCACUACACUGCGUCUGGUGGGAGACACUCCUCCUCUCCUGGGAGAGAGAGUGGACCCGUUUAUGCCGCUGGAGAGACAAGUGUGGUACCAUGGAGCCCUGAGCCGCUCGGAGGCAGAGAGUCUGCUGACUCUGUGCAAGGAGAGCUCGUACCUGGUGAGGAACAGCCAGACCGGCAGGAACGAGUACUCGCUCUCUCUCAGGAGCUUUAAGGGCUUCAUGCACAUGAAGUUCACUCGCUCUGCAGACAGGCGCUAUGUGCUCGGAGAGAACAGCCCUCCCUUCUCCACCAUCCCCGAGGUCAUCCACUUCUACACUACACACAAGCUGCCAAUCAGAGGAGCUGAACACAUGUCUCUACUGUAUCCCGUCAUAGUGCAGACCCUCUGACACUGACACACACACACACACACACACACUCACACUCUCUCACACUCACACUCACACUCACACUCACACUCACACUCACACUCUCUUUCUCCUGGUGCUACUGAAUACGAUAUAUACUCAAUAUUUACCUACUACCUUCCUGUUCUCCUACAUGCCUUUUCAUCGCCAUUCUACCUGCACUGCCCGCAAGAGAUUGGACUGUUUGGUGCCAUCUUCUCCUUUUACUAUAACCCCAGUAACUACACUGGCAGCUCAAUAAAACAUCUCAGUGCCUCAUGUAUAAUCACCUGUGAACUGGUAUUGUCACUGAAAUCCCCUUAUUUUAAUACUAUGGAAUCCUCAAAGCAGCAAUCAUUCAAAGAAAGAUUGAUAACUAAGUACUUUAAAAAAAAUGUGUCCUGAGAGAGUAGGAUCUACACUACAUUGCAUGAAGACUGGUCUCUUUUACUGUAGAGCAAAGAGUGACUGUACCACUAGGUCACUUAAAGGAUAAUGGAACAGGUGUUUUUCUUGGUAUAGGUAAAGAAUAUCAAGCAAGAUGAUGGAUAUGGGGUGUGGGCUUUUAAACUAGAUUUCGACAGUGUACAAAGCAGUUUAAAAAGUGCUCUGACUGCAAAACAACUAUUAUUAUCAUCUUAAGUGUUAGUUACAGUAUCAACCCUUUAUCCCUGGCCUGUGAUUUGUUAUAUAGCUGCUUCCUUGCAGUGUUUCCCUGAGUUCAUGUUUCCAGUGAACAACACAAAGUGACAGCAUAAUGUCCCAAAGACAUGACACGUCACUCUCUUUGCAAUACUAGUUUAGAGAUCAAUAGCAGUAUUAUACCGAAAGCUUAUUGCUUUGUGAUUAUGACUAUUAAAGGAGCUUUGGUAGACUAUGGACUGUGCUGUUUUAUAAGAUUUUAAAUGUGUGUUGAAAAUAAAAGUGUUUGUUUUUAAA